AUGGCCACUGUCAAAAUUGGCAUCGUCUCCAUCGGCGAGAUGGGCGCCGGCAUUGCCAGCCUGCUCGUCGCCCACGGCUUCCCCGUCUACACCAACAUCACUGGCCGAAGGUACCUCCACCACCUGGUUCUUCUGGGGGAAAAUCCUAACAGCUGCAGCGAACACACCUACAACCGUGCCCGCGCAGCCAACAUAGAGCUACUAGACAGUGACGAGCAACUUGUCGAAACAGUCGACUACCUCCUCGCCAUCGUGCCCCCGCGCGACGCCCUCGCCACCGCACAGCGCUUCUGGUCCCUCCCCGCCAAACCCACCGACAAACAGCUCCAUUACCUUGACCUAAACGCCAUCAGCCCAGCUCUAGCACGUACUAUUGCUACCGAGUUUACGCACCACUCGCCCGGCACCAAGUUCAUCGAUGGCGGGAUCAUCGGCGGCCCGCCUAAACAGAAACAUGAAAACGAGUCGACCUGGACACGCCCUGCCAUUCCGAUCUCGGGCCCCGAGCUACCAGACGCUCGCCUGGCGGACGUGCUUAACACGCGUUAUCUUGGUCCCAGAAUCGGACAGGCGAGCGGGCUCAAAUGCUGCUUCGGGUCGCUGAUCAAGGGCCUGCUGGCCAUCUCGUACCAGUCUUUUAGCACGGCGCAUGCGAUGGGUAUCUACCCUGAGCUGCAGAGCCUGCUGGAAAGCUUCCAGCCGGGGCUGCAGAGCAGCAUUACCCGGAUGAUUGUGGAGACACCGCCCAAGACUGGGCGGUGGGUAGAUGAGAUGGUGGAGAUCGGGCGGUGCUUUGGGGAGGAAGGGGGGUGGGAUGCUGCUAGUCAUGGAAAUGGACAGGGAGGAGCAGAUGUGUAUGCGCAAGUUGCGGAGGUCUAUAGGACUGUGGCGGAGCAGACAGUGCUGGGGAGGGAGAGGCCAGAGCAUCGCGAGAGGGGAACAACCGCGGAAGACCUGGCGGCUGCAGUGGCUGAGGGGUUGAAGAUGCCAUAA